AUGGCUUUCAUGCAAAGCCUACUCUCUAAGAAGAAGGCCUUGAAAGGAGAUGAAAAUGUGGUCAUGACCAAGGAGUGCAGGGCACUAAUUCAGAGGAAGCUACUCAAGAAGAUGUCAGAUCCAGAAAGCUUCCUGAUUCCCUGUACCAUUAGGACUAUUACUUUUGAGAAGGUACUAUGUGAUAUUUGUUCAAACAAAAACUUGAUGCAUCUAUCUGUGAUGAAGAAGCUGGGAAUCCAAGAAGCACAAGAAACAAGGAUAACCCUACAAAUGGCUGACAAGUCUCUAAGGCAGGAAUAUGGGCUAGCGGAGAACGUACUGGUCAAGGUUGGAGAACUCUUCAUCCCUGCAGAUUUUGUGAUACUUCUUGACAUGGAAGAGGAAAUAGAUGUCUCCAUCAUCCUAGGAAUGCCAUUCCUAACCACUGGAAGAGCCCUUAUUGAUGUUGAGAAAGGUGAAAUGGUGCUGAGGUUGCAUGAAGACUGGAUGAUUUUCAAGAUUUUUAAACCUCCACCACUCUCUGAUAAAGGAGUUUUCCUAGGUUUUCUAAUGUUUGUGAUCGUGCGUGAUGUUUAG